CCAUGUUGGAACUGCUUAACCAGCUGGAAGGUUUUGAUUCAAUGGGAGAUGUUAUGGUUAUCCUCGCCACUAAUAAGAUCGAAAGCCUUGAUCCCGCCCUACUUCGUCCAGGUAGAAUUGACCGGAAGAUUGAGUUUCCACUUCCUGAUAUUAAAACCAGGCGUACAAUUUUCCAGAUACACACAGCAAGGAUGACGUUGGCUGAUGAUGUCAACUUAGAAGAGUUUGUGAUGACUAAGGAUGCAUUUUCUGGAGCUGAUAUCAAAGCAAUUUGUACCGAAGCUGCUUUGCUUGCUCUAAGAGAGAGGCGCAUGAAGGUGGUGCAUGCUGAUUUCAAGAAAGCAAAAGAUAAGGUCAUGUUUAAGAAGAAAGGAGUCCCAGAAGGGCUUUACAUGUACUAGUCUCUUAUUGUCAUUUGAUCCCAAAAAUAUUUUGUACUGUG